CCAUAAUCAAACUCGAUUUUACACAAUCCUACCAUUCACCCUAACAAAAAUCUAUAAAUAUCAUUCCAAAAUCAUCAAAUCUACUUAAAAACCCAACAAAUCUAACCCUAAGAGAGUGGGAUAGAGUUCAUACAUGAUGCAGUGACUGAAAUUGAGAAGGAUUAGGGUGGAUUCGCCAGAAAUCGUGGAGAGACACUACAAGAAAACACGGACAAUACUGACGGAAAAACCGACCGAAAAAAAUCUGUCAGGAUUUUCCAACGGAAUUCCGACGAAAACUUGUCGGAAAUAUAUUUCGGUAAAUUCGUCGGAACUGCGUCGGAAAAUCCUGACAGAAUACAUUCGUCGGUAUUUCGUCAUACGAUCCCGACAGAAAACCGACAAAAAACUGACAAAUAUAUGACCGUUGCAAAAAAUUGACACAUACCGACGAAAUACCGACGGCAUACCGACCAUGAAAGAAUUCGGUCAUAAUUCCGUCGGUUUUUCCGACGGAAUACCGACGGAUUGAACAGCCGUUAUACUUCCCGACUGAAAACCGACGAAUUUGCAGCCGUUGCACUUCCCGACGAAAUACCGACGGAUUAUGUAGCCGUUAGUAUCCGUUUAAAUUACCGACGGAACGCCGACGGGUUUAGGACGUUAAUUUAGCCGUUAUGAUUCCCGACGGAAUACCGACGAAUAUUUUCCGUCGGAAAGAUUUCCAAUUCAUUAUAAAUACGACCUCUCCUUCAUUCAUUGAAAUCACAACAAAACAAUAUAAAUUAUGGGUACUCCUUAUAAUUUCCGUUCUUGGUUAGAUCAACCUCAUAUGGAUCCAAAUACAAAUUUACUUACGGAGGAAUACGCACGUGGUAUUCAAGAAUUCAUGGGGGUGGUUCAAAGUCAACCGGAAGCAAGAACAAGUAAGUAUUUAUUAUGUCCAUGUUCUACUUGUAAGAAUAAUAUCCGUGUCAAAAAAAUGGAAGUAUGGAGUCAUUUAUAUUUGAAAGGAUUUACACGUGGUUAUAAGAUUUGGUAUCUUCAUGGAGAAAGAUUUGAGUAUGGUAGUAGUAGCGAACCUCAAACUGCCGAUAGGUUAGAUGAACCUACCACGGAUGUAGAUUUUGGGAUAGGGACUGUUCAGAUGGUAUAUGAUGCAUAUGGAGAAAAUUUACCGUCGGGUGAAGAGGAAGGAGAUAGACAAGAACAACCCAAUGUAGAAAAUUUCCCAUGUGAAGAGGAAGGCGAACGAGAACAACCCAAUCUAGAAGCCAGAAGAUUUUUUGAAAUGUUAGAUGCAGCUAAGCAGCCAUUGUAUCAAGGAUGUAAAGAUGGGCAUUCACCUUUAUCAUCCGCAAGUCGAUUGAUGGCGCUAAAGACUGACUAUAAUUUGGCUGAAGAAUGUGUGGAUGCGAUUGCAGAUUUUGUUAAAGAUGUUCUUCCUGAAGAUAAUCUUGCACCUGGCUCAUAUUAUGAGGUACAAAAAUUGGUCGCUGGUCUUGGCUUACCAUAUCAGGUGAUAGAUGUAUGCAUCGAUAACUGCAUGAUUUACUGGAGAGCAGAUGAGAACAGGGAGAGAUGUAAAUUCUGUCGGAAACCUCGUUAUCAGGAUACGACUGGAAGAGUUCCGGUGCCAUACAAACGAAUGUGGUAUUUGCCGUUGACUGAAAGAUUAAAGAGGUUAUAUCAGUCUGAACGAACAGCAGAACCAAUGAGAUGGCAUGCUGAGCACUUAACAAAUGGUGAGAUAACACAUCCUUCCGAUGCAGAGGCGUGGAAGCAUUUUCAAUCAACAUAUCCAGAAUUUGCAUCUGAGGUAAGAAAUGUGUAUCUUGCAUUAUGCACAGAUGGUUUCAGUCCAUUUGGAAAGCAUGGAAGACAAUAUUCAUUGUGGCCGGUAAUCUUGACACCUUACAACUUACCACCACAUUUGUGUAUGCGACGGGAGUUUUUGUUCCUCUCAAUUCUCGUUCCCGGGCCAGAUCAUCCUAAGAGAUCACUGGAUGUGUUUCUUCAGCCAUUGAUAUAUGAGCUGCAAUUAUUAUGGGAGCACGGUGUUCAUACAUACGAUGUUUCGCGGAAAGAGAAUUUUCAGAUGCGAGCAGUACUUAUGUGGACAAUAAGUGAUUUUCCAGCAUAUGGUAUGUUAUCUGGAUGGACCACGCAUGGGAGGCUAUCAUGUCCUUAUUGCCAAGACAACACAGAUGCUUUCCAACUAAAAAAUGGUCGGAAAUCGUGUUGGUUUGACUGUCACAGGAGAUUUCUACCACACGAUCAUCCAUAUCGUAAGAGUAAGACAUUGUUUACAAAGAACAAGAGGGUGUUUGACAGUCCACCUGAAGAAGUAAGUGGCAAAAAGUUGAAGGAACAAUUAAGAGAUUUUGGUGCAGAUAGAACGGCAGACGUGGGUGGAAACGGACAUGAACCGAUUUAUGGUGUAGGGGAAAAUCAUAAUUGGCAUAAGAAGAGUAUCUUCUGGGAUUUGCCCUAUUGGGAGACUCAUUUGUUGCGGCACUGUUUAGAUGUCAUGCAUAUUGAGAAGAACUUUUUCGACAAUUUGAUGAACACCAUCCUUGAUGUCCAAGGCAAGACGAAGGAUAACUUGAAGUCAAGACUGGAUUUGGUUGAUAUUUGUGCUCGUCCCGAACUUCAUGUUGAUGAGCACGGUAAAGGUCCUAUUCCCAUAUAUCGACUGGAUGCAACUGCAAAAGAAGAGUUUUUUGAUUGGAUAACACACAGUGUUAAAUUUCCAGACGGUUAUGCAUCAAGUUUGCGUAAUUGUGUUGACAAAAGUGAAGGGAAGUUUACUGGCUUGAAGAGCCAUGAUUGUCAUGUAAUGAUGCAGCGCCUCCUUCCUUUUGCGUUUUCCGCACUAUUGCCACGAAAUGUCCACGAAGCAAUCGCAGGGAUAAGUGCUUUCUUCCGUGAUUUAUGCUCGAGAUCACUCACAUCAGAUGGUAUCCGCAAUUUGGAAGUUAAAAUACCGGUGAUCCUAUGCAACCUCGAGAAGAUAUUUCCUCCAUCAUUUUUUGAUGUUAUGGAGCAUCUUGCUAUUCAUCUUGCGAGAGAAGCGGCACUCGGUGGUCCCGUGCAGUACAGGUGGAUGUAUUUGUACGAACGGUUUAUGUUUCAUCUGAAGAAGAAGGUCAAGAAUUUAAGCAAGGUGGAGGGAUCAAUAGUGGCUCAGUGCAUCAAUGAGGAAACCUCAAACUUUGCUGAAUACUACUUUCCAUCAGAAGUUCGAACAAAAAGUCGAAGACCUGCACGGCAUGAUGAUAGAGGUGAAAGGGCAACUUAUUAUGUUUAUGUGCCAAACAUGUUUACACAAAUUGGACGACAUAGUGGAAAGUCAACGGACCGGAUACUUACCGUAGCUGAGCAUGCUCAUUUGCACACAUAUUUGCUUACAAACUGCGAAGACAUUCUUGAAUAUGAGAGUAUUUACUUGGCAGAGAUGCGCUUAAAGUACCCGGAUGCGACAGAAGAACAACUCGAACAACUCAAGCAAAACAACUUUGCAACAUGGCUUUCUGAUUAUGUAAGCCAUUGUUUAGCUAUUGGGCACCCACCUAAAGAUUGGUUACGUGAGAUAGUUUGUGGUCCAAAGUUUGUUGCAAAGUCAUAUCCGAGAUAUUGCACACGAGGAUAUGCAUUCAGAGUUCUUAAGGAAAAUACUGUAAGGAGAACAAUUGAUUGUGGGGUUUCUUCGUCAUCCGGAGACGAUGUCUACUACGGUAACGUACGCGAGAUUUUGGAAAUUCAGUACCCGGGAAUGAUUGGCAUGAGAUGUAUUGUCUUCAACUGUGAGUGGUACGACAACGUUGUUGGUCGCGGAGUAAGCACUGACGCAUUCGGUGUUACAUCUGUACAUUCGCGACGACGACUGGAUUUUUACGAUCCAUUCAUUCUUGCUUCACAAGCUGACCAGGUUUGCUAUAUUCGUUAUCCGCGGAUUAGGCAAAGGAACGAUCCUUGGAUCGUUGUCAUGUCAAUAAAUCCCAGAAGCCGAGUACAAGGAGUAUUUGAUCCACUACAACAACAAUUAACCGAAGAGGACGGCGAGAUUGGAGAGUUUGACGAAGACAAUUCAGAUUCAUCAUGUUCAUCAUCAGAUAAUUCCUCAGAUGGAGAGUAGAUACUCUUUUAUGAAUGUAUAUGCAAAUUACUUUUAAACAUUGUAGAUUUCUUCUAAAAACAAAUUAUGGGUUUGAAACGUUGUAUACUUUUAAAUUACAAAAAAUAAAUUAGAUUUGUUGAUUCUAAAAUCGAACGGUUUUGAUUGAUUGAUUAUAUACGGUUUUGAUUGAAUGGUUAUAUAUAUGUCAUGUUCAAAGUUAAAAAAAAAUCAAACUGAAACUCUAAAUUGAUAAUGUCCGUCGGUUUUCCGUCGGAAUUUACCGACGCAUUUCCGACGAAACCCUAGAAUUUGAGGGUUUCGUCGGAAAUGCAUCGGUAAAUACCGACGGAAUACCGAUGAACCCCUCAAAUUCUAGGGGUUCGUCGGUAUUCCGUCGGUAUUUACCGACGCAUUUCCGACGAACCCCUCAAAUCCUAGGGGUUCGUCGGAAAUGCGUCGGUAUAUACCGACAGAAUACCGACGGACAUUAUCAACUUAGAGAGUUUCGGUUUUUUACAAAUAUGAUUUUUUUUGCACUUGUAUUAAAUAUCAUAUAUAACAUCAGACAACAAAUCUACCCAUUGUAUUCUCACAGUUUUAAAACUUUGAACAUGACAUAUAUAUAUAAUCAUUCAAUCAAAACCAUAUAUAAUAAAUGAAUCAAAACCGUUCGAACAACAUCAUACACUUUUAAGUUGGCUUGUGCCAGUUCUCAGAAGUUGUAGCACUCAAACAAAUCUAGAACAUUUUUUUAGAAUGUUUUAUGAUUAUAUAACAUAAUAUAUUGGUUUUAGAAAGUUUUAUAACAAAUAUAAAUAAUUUCGACACCCUGUGUAAACUCUAAAACUUAAUCCGUCGGUAUCUCGUCGGAAUAUUCCGACAAAUUACCGACGGAAUUAACUAUACCGACGAAGAACAGACGGAUAAGGUCGUCGAUAUUUAAAAAAUUACACGGGUCAAGCUGUACCGCGCAAAAUUUUGGUAAACCGCCAAUAUUAAAAAACCGACGGAUUUCCGACGGGUAGAUAAAAUACCGACGGAAAAAACCCGUCGGUUAUCCGUCGGUUCAUUAAAUGAAUACAUAAGAGAAAAUCUCUUCUUUUUCCUCAUUUCUUCCCCGUUUUCUCUCUCUCUCCGCCCAGCCCCUCCUCCUCCCUCGCGAUUUCCGGCGAUUCCCUCCUCCUCCCUCGCGAUUUCCGACGUAAUCCCCCAAAUUCGACCUCCUCUUUCACCCAGUCAUGUAAGAUUUUCAAUUCUUUUAUCUUUCUCAUGGGAUUUCAAUGGUUACAAUGUUAGUUUUAGGGUUUAUGUGAUUUUGAGAUUGAUUAGGGAUUUGGAAGUUAGUUUAGGGCCGGGAUUGAAGUUUUUAUUUACGAUUUGUGUGAUUGGAGUUAUAGAUUUUGGAUUUCUUUAAUUUGAAUAAAGUUUUUUAAAAUUUUUUUUUUAAUUAUAUAAAAAUCGUUUUUAAUUAUAAAACGUUUCAUAUUUUUAUAUUUUUUUCAUUAUAUAAUUUCGUUAAAUUAAUUUAAAAACACUUUUUAAUUAUUAUAAAAAAAUUUAAUUAUAAAAAGUUUCUUUUUUUUUGAAACACAAUUAUAAUACGUUUCUAAAUAAUAAAAAAAGCUUACUAAUGUUUUUAAAUAAUAAAAAAGCUUACUACGUUUAUAAUAAAACGUUUUUUUUUUUUUGAAACACAAUUAUAAUACGUUUCUAAAUAAUAAAAAAGCUUACUAAUGUUUUUUUUUCGUAGGGAUGAACCACCUCCUCUUAUAGUUAGACGUCGUUUUCGCCGGGGUACUUCUUCAGUCACUCAGAGUACGUCACCCGCUAGUAGCCCAGUUGCAGCUACCACUCCUCCAGCAGCCCCCACCCCUCCAGCAGCCCGCACCCCCCCUUCUGUAGCUUCCGGCCCUUCUCAAAGUUCAAGAGGAGGAGGAUUGCCUACUACGAUGACUGUUGCGGAGUUAGUUAGGCAACCUGGCCGAGAAUCGCUUCAGCGCCUUGAUCCAAAUUAUCUUAUUGUCCCAAACACCACUUGGUAAGUAUUUGUUUUAAAAGGUUCUUUCAUUUUAUAUUCAUCUUUUACAUUUAAUUGUGUUUGGUUUUAUUUCGUAGGUUUGAUUUGUCUGGCAAUGGUAUCACCAACAGCCUUCUUAGGAUGGAGUACACGAUGCUAAAGCGUGGUUAUCCAACUUUCUAUGACAUGCCUGCAGAAGAUCAAGAACUUUGGUUUCGGCAAUUUGCGGUAUAUGUUCUCAAUUUUUAAUAUUAUAAAUUUUUUUCCACCAAUUGUAACUUUCUAAAAAAAAAUUUAUAUUUAUUUUGCAGCAAGAGUUCACUUGGGAAUCAGGGAUUACCGAACAAGUGAAAAUUGUUUUCCGCCGCAAAGCAGCUUCGCACUACACCAAGCGGAUCAAUGAGUGGAAGCAAAAAUUCGAUGUUGGUGAGGUCCCGAAGCACAUCAACCCAGACGUUUGGCGGGAUUUGUGUGGUCAUUGGACGAAAGAUGAGACAAAGUCUUUGUCGACAAUCAACUCGCAAAAUCGGUGUAGCAGCCGUGGCGGGAAAGGGAUGUUUGUCCACAACUUAGGGGCAACAAGUUUACAGACCCGAGCACUUCAGCUAGUAAGUUUCUAAUCUGAUUUUCUUAUUCAUUUUUAAAUAUGUGAUACUAAAUAUAUUGUUUUUAGAUGAAGGAAAACGGUGGAGUUCCCGUAGAUGAUUUUACCCUGAUGAAGAAUGCCUAUACCAACAAGAAGACUGGCGUGAUUCAGGAUGGACUUAUUCAGGACGUAAUCCAGGUCGUGGAAAAUCGAAAAGAGGAUCUCCUCGCGACUCAAGCUUCUAUGUGUGAAGAAGGCGAUUCUGCAUCUUCCAACUCCUUAACCGUAGAGCAACUCAACAACCUUGUUCUCGAGGUACAUUCUAAUUUCUUUUUGCUAUGUAUGUGUGAUAUGUGUGUGUGCGUGAGUAUGUGUGUGAUAUGUAUUUGUUAUUUCUCAUUCAGGCUGUUCCAAGGAAAAAGGGCCGUUAUGUUGGAUUGGCUCGUUCGACCGGAGGGGCUUCUUCUUCUUCAGCUCACUAUCCACUGGUUCAUGAGCUUAUGGAGCAGAUUAAGACCAAAGAUACGGAGAUUGAGUUCCUCAAGAAUGACAAUGCUGAAAUCCGGGUUGAGCUGCAGCAAAACCGAACGACUAUGGAGCAAAACAAUGUUCUCACCCAGACCUUGUUGCAGAAGUUUAGGAGCCGAUUCGGUGAAGACUUUUAGUUGUUUUUUUAAUUUUCAAAAACUUUUUAUUACUUUUCAUAACUUUAAUGUAUAAUAAUGUUGAAUUUAUAUAUCUAUAAUGUUUUUAAAUUCUAAAUUAUCAAUUUUUUCCUGAAAUUAAAUAAAGAAUUAUAAAAAUUGUUUUUUUUUAAUUAAAAAAGGAAAACCGACGGAUGAAGUUUUCCGUCGGAAUUUCUACAUAUUUCCGACGAAUAUGUUCCGUCGGUUUUUUUCUAAAAAUUCCGACGACACAUAUCCGUCGGUUUUUUCAGAAAAUUCCGACGAAUUCUCUUCGUCGGUAUUCUCUAUAAAUACCGACGAACAUAUUCCGUCGGAAAUUUUAGAAAAUUUCCGACGAAACAUAUCCGUCGGUUUUUUCAGAAAAUUCCGACGAAGAGAAUUCGU